AUGCCACCCACUCCACCACCGACCCUUCCGCCAACUCCACCACCCACAACCACAACAAUGGCGCCAAUCACCUAUCCUACCGUGCCCAUCACCUACCAGCCAAUCACGCCUACUCCAACUCCUUACUACGAUCAGGAUCCAUGCCAACAGUGUAUGGGAGCAUGUAUGAACGAGUGCGCAGCUGCGGGACAGCCUCAGCAACAGUGUGAAGAGGCUUGCGCUCGAAAUUGUGCAUCAGCGUGCGGUGCAGCCAGCACGACACCUUCGCUUUACCAACCGUACCCACAAGAUCCGUGCAGUCAGUGUCAAACAGCUUGCAUGGAAGCAUGCCAACAACAAGGUGGAGAGAACUGUCAACAACAAUGUGAUGUACAAUGCCAAUCAGUUUGCGGAACUACGACUACUCAGCAAGUUUGCAUGCCCGCAUGCCAACCAUCUUGUGCUGUAUCGUGCAUCCAAGGACAGCCAGCAAUACGACCAGUCGGUUAUCAAUGUACUUUUGGCGAAUUCCUACAAUUACAACCCAGAUACGUUGUGAACGAAGGAGACGUCGCACAAGCUUACACAGGGGAAAAUCACUCGGAAGAAGACUUUGCUUGCUGGUGA